AUGCGUUGGUUAAAUGUUGCUAAGGGCGCAACUGGAUCAGUAAAUUUUACUGAAGAACAGUUGAAAAAAAUUUUCAUGCAAUUCGACGAGAAUCGCGACAAUCUUCUCAGCAAAGAUGAGAUAAAAAAAGCUUUCAACUACCUUGGGGCAAUGAUUCCUGAGUUCAGGGCGAGCCGUGGGAUAAAAAAAGCUGAUACUAAUGGAGAUGGAAUGGUGGAUCUUAGCGAGUUGAAUGAUCUUAUCAGUUAUGCUUUUAAACUUGGAGCUUCAGUGACCUUGAGUGAACAUCAGUUAAGGGAAAUAUUUAUGCAAUUCGACGAAGAUCACGACAAUGUUCUGAGCAAAGAAGAGGUAAGGAAAGCUUUCACAUACCUUGGUUCAAGGAUCCCUGAAUUUAGAACCCUUCGUGGGUUCAACCAUGCAGAUGCCAAUGGAAAUGGACAAAUAGAAUUUGGCGAUGAGUUGGAUAAGCUUGUCAAAUAUGCUUUUAAACUUGGCUACACUGUUAUGUAG